AUGACGCCCUUGUUGGCGCGUCCCAGAGAGGCGACGUCCGAUGAUUUUCCGAGGCUCGCCAGCUGGACUGAUUUCGCGUCUGCUUCGGAGAGCGAAGAGGGGGACGACAUCGGUGACAGAUCGACGACGCGGGGUUCGUGCGCACGGAACGACCGGCAUUCAUGUCGUUCGACUUUUUCAACCAGAACUCCGCUCCGGCGGGCGGGGGAGGACCGGAGAUCGGCCCUAACGGCGAAGAGAGUGCGUCCCGCGCGCCGGCGCGCCGCGAGAUUCGUCGCUCUCGUUUUUCUUCCAUUUUCGUGUUUCGAGGUGCCUAGAUCUGACCGCCCGCUGUACUUCCCUCUCUCGUCCGCAGUUCUCAUGGACGUCAGGUGCGGCCGGAUCAUCGUCGACGGACGGAUGAUGACCCCGGAUCAACGAAAAGGCAAGCUGCGCGUGUGCAAAGACACGGACGGCCUGACGCACCUCCAGUUCGGCCUCCGAAGCGAUGACCUUCCGUACGUCCCCGAGGACGAUUUCCUCAUCUUCCCGCAAGAGUGCGAGAUGAAGUUCAUCCCGAAGCCCGGGUGCUUCGUGAUCAAGUUCCCCGACGACGCUUCGAGGAACAUGUUCUUCUGGAGCCAGGAGCUGACCGGGACGAUCGCGGACGAGAAGUUGACCGCGGAUUUGAACGUCGCGCUGAACGGCUCGCGACCCGGCGGCGGCGGCGGCGAGGACGACCUCGCCGGGUUCGAAGACGAACAAGAGCAGCUCCUCGCGAUGCUCGACGCGGGCGGCGGCGACGGCGACGACGCCGGCGACGUGAUAUCGCGGAGAGCCGCGGCGAUCCGGCAGGCGCAGGCCGCGGCGGCGAGCGCGCUCGCGGAGGCGCCGCCGGCUGGGGACGUCGCGCCCACGCCCGUCGCGGGCGCCGCGGCGCCCGCGCCGACGCCCGUCGCGCCGACGAAAGCGGACGCGCCGCCGUCGACGACGCCGGGAAGCGCGACCGCGGUGACCAGCGACGCGCUUCGCAGCGCGUUCGGGGCGACUCAGACCCCGGAAGGCUCGUCGGGAGGCGGGAACGUCACGCCGAGCGGGAACAUCGACGCCGCCGCGAUGGCGGCGGCGCUGGCGGGGUUGCAACGCGGCCGCGCGCCCGCGGGGCCGGGGCUCUCGGACAUUCUGACCGCGGAGAACGUCGGGGAGAUGCUGAGGAACGACGACGUCCACGCUAGGCUCGCGGAGCACCUCCCGGACGAGCACAAGUCCAGCCAAGACCUCGAGGAGCUCUUGCGCACGCCGCAGUUUCAAAACCAGCUCGAGCGAUUCAGCGCCGCGCUGCAGAGCGGGCAGAUGGACCUCUCGCAGUUCGGUUUAGACCCGGGUACGGGGUUCUCGGUCGUGGAUUUCCUCACCGCGAUCAAGAACGAGGUUGAGAAGAGCGACGGGAAGAAGACCGACGGGGCUGGGAACGAUGCGAUGAAGGAGUAA